AGCAGUCAUAGAUAGAAGAUAUUCGUGUGUUCGUUUCAACCAGUCCAAGUGCGCAGCAGGGUGCUGAAACUAGUCACAGGAAUUUCUUUGAUUUGAAAUUGAACUUUUUUUUUUGUUGUAUACAUUAUUUGUAUUUGAUUUACAUAAAUAUACUAUCCGCUAUAUUCAGUGAGUCGUGAAUUGUGCCCCAGAGAAGUCGUCACUUCGCAAGGAAAAGCAAAAAUUCAGUGAUCCUAAAAGCGCAAUUGAAACUUGAAACCACAAAAUGUCGCAGUCAUUGAAGUUCUAUUUUGAUUUCUUAAAUCAAUCCAGUCGGGCAUUGUACAUCUUUCUGGAGGCAUCGAAAAUCCCUUUCGAGGCGAUUCCCAUUUCCAUGGUCAAAGGUGAGCAUUUGACGGGAGAAUUUCGUGAUAAAGUCAAUCGAUUCCGCAAACUCCCCGCUAUUACGGAUCACGGCUAUCAAUUGUCCGAAAGUGUGGCCAUAUUCCGGCAUCUGUCACGCGAGAAACUUGUGCCAGAACAUUGGUAUCCUCGUCGUCAAUUGGGACGCAGCCGAACCGAUGAGUAUUUGGCUUGGCAGCAGACCAACAUGGAUGUGGCUUGUACCGAUUACUUUCAGCAAAAGUGGCUAAUUCCGCACCUGCAGAAAACGCGUGCAUCCGACAAUGCGCUUAAUGUGGCUGGUAAGCAUUUGGAUGGCACACUCAACGACUUUGAGCAAUUAUUCCUGAGUUCGCACAAAUUCAUUUUGGGUGAAAAUAUAUCAUUUGCGGAUCUUAGCGCUAUUUGUGAAAUUGAUCAAACCAAAAGCGUUGGCUUUAGCGCCUUCAAGAAUCGCCACAAGCUUUCACGAUGGUACGAUCUGGUUCGGGAUGAGUUGGGACCUUAUUACAAGAGUGUUCAGGAGCAGUUUGAUGCGGCUCUGAAGCAGAGCAAUCAGCGGGAGCAGCGGCAAGGCGAAGUUCAAGCUCAGGCUUUGAAGCAGUGAAUAAAAGUGGGGAAGAAGUGUGGGUUAUAAGUUGUUAUUUUAAUAUUAUUUAAAAGAAG